CCCCGUCGCAUCGUCAUCGCCAUUCCUUCGAUCUCGAAGCUUCCAAUCCAUCCACAGCCACAAGGAGUAGAGACUGGGCGAGCUGCUUUUCGAUCGAGCGAAGAGGGAAUACAGACGACCGAAAUGGGUCGAGGAGGAGGAGGAGGAGCGGAGCAGAGGGGGUUUGCCAGCAUGGCGGACGACGGGGAGGAGGCGCGCCGGGCGCUGCCCGUGAUGCCCGUCAAGGUGCUGCUCGCCGAGGCCGACGACUCCACGCGCCACGUCAUCUCCGCGCUGCUGCGCAAGUGCGGAUACCACGUUUCUGCGGCUUCCGAUGGUGUCAAGGCGUGGGAAAUACUCAAGGAAAAAUCAUUCAAGAUAGACCUUGUUCUGACUGAAGUUGAGCUUCCUCUAAUGUCUGGGUUCCUGCUACUCUCCACGAUCAUGGAGCAUGAGGCCUGCAAGAAUAUCCCUGUCAUAAUGAUGUCCUCAAACGAUGCAGUCAGCAUGGUUUUCAAAUGCAUGCUCAAGGGUGCGGCAGAUUUCCUUGUGAAGCCGAUAAGAAAGAACGAGCUACGAAACCUGUGGCAGCACGUUUGGAGAAAACAGCUGGCAAAUGGUGGUCUUGAUGUGCAGCAUGCACAACAAGAAGAGAAUGUCGCAGAACGGCCCGAGAAGAAGGCUAAAGUGGCAGAAGCUGAACGUUUGAUCGAAAAUGUUGCGGCCUGCAGGAAUAGGGAAUGCAGCGAACAAGAAAGUGAUGCUCAAAGUUCUUGCACAAGGUCAGAAGUGGAGGCUGACAGUAAGCACACCAACAGUUUCUUAGAGUUUAAGCAGCUAGCAGGAAGACAUUCAUCUGCUGUCCCCAAGAGUACCAAGGGAAAUGAAGAGACCAACACUCAAACAGUUAGAGACUGCCAGGUUUCAAGGAAAGAAGGGGAUUUGUCACCAAAGAGAUGGACAUUUCCUAAUCGUAAUAACUGUGAGAAAGCUUCAAGAGAUGUCGAGGUAGUCCAUAUUAUUGAUGAGGAGGAGAAGGCCAACACACAGAAUGAGGUGAAUGUUGUGACAAGAGCUUCUCAAGGAAACGCUGAUAAGUGGUUCUCCAUCCCAGCACAUCAGUUGGAGCUUUCUCUCAGAAGAUCUGAUUAUAGCCGAUCAGAAGACGCUGAGAAAAGUGAUAAAAGAACUCUGAACCACUCAACAGCAUCUGCGUUUUCAUUGUACAACUGCAAGCCUACAUCCUCUUUCGGUAACGCUACUGAUGCCCAGCUAUGUAGCACCUCAGCAAACCAUGAAGAUCUGGGAAACAAAAAUGGAGAGCCAACAGCUGCCUCUCAAGACAAGGCCAACACAACUCGUCCUCCUAUAAGAGUUGUACCAUUUCCUGUCGCAGUUACAGGCCUCACGUUUGAUGGGCAGCCAUUCUGGGGUGGUGCGCCCGUGGCACCCCUUCUCUAUCCACAGUCAGGACCCCCCAUUUGGAAUAGCGAAACUGCAAUGUCGCAACAAGCAUCUACACAAGAAACAUCUUCACAGCAGAAGCAGCAACAGAACGAUCCAACAGAGAUGGACUCUCAGCAGACUGAGAACACACAGGGACAUGAAAUUCUACGUACACCAAACGCAAAUGAAAAGCAUCUGCAAGUUGAAAUUCCUACAGACAACCAGCGGCACGUCUCUCUGAUGACUGGUGAAAGCGGAAGCAGCAAUGUGCUGAACAGCUCCGGCAAUGGUCUCAGUGGCAGUGCCUGCGGUAGCUCUUCCAACCCGAUAACUAGCCCCACUGAACCAUGCAACACAUCCAGUGGUGUUCCGGAGAAUCCAAGCAUGGAGGGUUCGCAUCACCUGAGCCAGCGAGAAGUUGCACUGAACAAGUUCCGGCUUAAGAGGAAAGAACGGUGCUUCGAGAAGAAGGUACGAUACCAGAGCAGGAAAUUGCUUGCAGAGCAACGCCCCCGCGUGAAGGGUCAGUUUGUUCGUCAAGAUCAAAGCAUACAGGGAAGCUAAGGUGUUGCCACAGGUGACAACCGACUGCUGUGUGCGCCUAAGAGUAUCCUGACAGUCAGUGUCAGGUGAUCGGAGAUAAUCACACCAACUGUAUGCUCAAGUUUGUUCUAUAUACAGGCUAACUUCUAGUAGAUUAGGCCCUGGACCUUGUACAUAGCUGAAUUUGUUAGUAGGCACUAGAGAACACACCUUGUUUCGGAUCAAGAUAAGAUAUCUCUACUCCGUAGAAGCUUUGUAACUCUCUGUCUCUAGAUGUAAGGUACGAUGGAUGUCCAUAAGACAUGCUUUUCUGCGCUUUCUUAUAAUGAGCACAGCUGUGGGCUUGUUG